AUGAAAUACAAAAGCAUUUACACAGGAGUGUUCUUCUCCAUUGUAGCUGAAUUUUCGAAAAACCUGGUUGGCGGUUUUAUGUACCUAAAGAGUGAAAAGGCGACCUACCUAAGUGUCACUACAAUAAAUGCUUUUUGCCACAGGGGGGGCGGAGCAAGAAGGCAUUUUAAAAUUGCACACGAAAAACGCACAGUGUCCAACGGGCUCUACAAAUUUAGACUGUUGGGGGGAAGAAGAACACACUUUCACAGAGAUAGAAAACUUGAGGAGAAAUUCUUUGCCAGCAAUUUCUUUGCUAUGGGUAAAGACCAACCCUUUGUGAUAUUCAUGCUGGGAGGGCCAGGCAGCGGAAAGGGAACGCAGUGCAAAUUGAUUCAAGACAAAUUUGAUUUUGUUCACAUCAGCGCGGGUGACUGCUUGAGGGAGUACCUAAUAAAAUGCGAGAAGGGCGAAGUGGACACGAAGCACCAAGCUGUCGUCGAGGAUUGCAUAAAUAAUGGAAAAAUAGUGCCCGUGCAAAUAACCCUAGAACUGAUGAAAAUCAAAAUGGAGAACGAAAUUGAAAAGAGGAAAAAGCAGGAAAAGGAGCAGGAAAUAAAAAUAGGCGAACUGACAAAGCUGCAGAAACAAGAGGAAAAAAAAAGCUUCUCAUUUGACAUAUUCGAUGACAGCAUUAAAUUAAAAAACGACAACCUUGAUUUGUAUUACGACAAAUUGAAAUACGAAAAUGGCAUACACGAAAAUAAACAAGUGCAGGAAAUUUUGCAAAAAAAUAAAUUCGAUCAAAAGGCAAAAUACAAAUUUAUAAUUGAUGGGUUUCCAAGAAAUUACGAUAAUUUUGAUGGCUGGAUGAACGUAAUAGGAAAUUAUGCCUACGUGCACUUGUGCCUGUUCCUUUAUUGUGACGAGGACACCAUGAUUAAGCGGUGCAUGAACCGGGGCCUUAUGUGUGGUAGAGUAGACGAUAACAUGGACACCCUGCGCAAGCGCUUCGAGACACACAAAAACGGCUGCAUGCCAAUCAUCAAUAUUUUUUUAAAUGAACACAAAUGCAUCUUUAUCAACGCAAAUAAAAACAUCGAAGACGUUUGGAACGACGUACAGUACGUGUUCACAAAUAUGUAG